UCCCGUCAUCAUUUAGACCUGGCAGGUAUUACCUAAGUGUCCAUCCCCAGUGGACUGCGAGCAUGACGGGUGCCAACACGGCGAGCAGUGAGAGGGAAGGCGAGAGGCGGGGUACCGUGGCCCGCCGCCGCUGGAGGAUCUUGGCGGAGGCAUUGCAGCGGUCCAGCAACAGGGAUGCCUCGCCUGACAGUGUCUCCACACGAAAGUUCCAGUCCUUUGGCCUUCUGCUGUUUGAAGAACUGGGGCAGGAGUUUUACUCAGUCAGAUGCAUCAACUCAGAUUUGAAAGUCAUUGUGAGGCUAUUGCGACGAGACUUCAGCCCCAGUCAGCUUACGGGCUUCAACAAUACGGGCAACGUUUGUAUCUGGCCUUCUGAAGAGAUUCUGACAUACUACUGCCUUAGCAACCUGAAAAUUUUUUCAGGAAAGUCUGUUCUAGAGCUGGGUGGUGGCAUGACUAGCUUGGCAGGGAUGCUGGUUGCUGCCAGUGGAGUGGCCUCCAGGAUGGUGCUGACUGAUGGCAAUGCACUCUCAGUCUCCAAUGUCAAAGUGUCCUUACAGAAGAACAACCUUUCAGUGGAGACUUUUGCCAGAGUGCUCCGUUGGGGAGUGGCAGAAGAGAUAUCUCCACAUCAAGGGAAGUUUGAUGUGGCCAUGUGUGCCGAUUGUCUGUUUUUUGACGAUGAACGGGACAGUCUCCUCCUCACACUCCUGGCUGUCCUGCGGCCUGGUGGUAUUGCUUUGGUGGUGGCCCCGGCGCGCAGUGGCACCUUCCACAGCUUUGCCUCCUUGUGCCGGCCUCACUUUAGAGUUGCUAUUGUGGAGAAGUAUGACCAUGUGGUGGACCACCUUGCACAGAAGAGUGCACUGGACCCACACUACAAUCACAACCUUCACUUCCCUCUCCUGAUGGUGCUGAAGAAGAUAGGGACCAAUUAGAUACUCCAGAAAGCUAUUCGGAAAUCUAUAGAGGGUUCUAUAGAUAAUGUCUUGGUCAGUACUCUCUGAUACAGGGCUUUUAGUAUUUUUUUUUUAAAUGUCUUGAACUUUUUAGUUGAAUCCUGUGUAGCUACUCACAAGUUGUGUCUAAGAUGAGUGCAGAGCAGACAUAAAUAUCAGAGUUACUAUCAAAAGAUGUUUAACACUACUUUUUUUUUUAUGUAAGAAGAGUACCAGCCAAGGGCAACACAAUUGUUAUAAAAAAGGACCAUUGAGGUUAAUGGAGAAAAAGGCGAGAGGGUAUUAAGACAUCUAGAAUUGAUACCAGUGGUCAUAUUCUACACAGUUAUCAUCAGGUUUCACACUGUCACUCCACUGACUCUUAAGGGUCACAAUUAUCAACUUGAAAUAUAUAGGAAAAAAUGGGUUCACAAUAUAAUUUUCUUUCAUCAAAAUUAUUUUAACAUAUUAUUACUUUUAGGAACAGUUAGACAGUGUAUCCAAACAAAAGAAACAUGAUAAAUAGGAAAACAUUGCGGUCAAUGGCCCAACAUGUGCAGGCUGCACGGGGCAAGGUGAGUUUGGGAAAAAGCGAUCAUAUCCCUCCAGGUAGUUAUUUAUGAUAAUCCAUUAUUCUAUCAAAUAAGGAUAUUAUUUAGUCAUCAUUACUAAUAUUUAUUGUUCAAUUAAUAAUAAAAACUGAUGGGGGAUCAUGUUAUGGUAUAGAUGGUAUAAACAGCUAUGUUCCCACAAUACUGAGUGAAUGGUGUAUGUGUAAUUAGGUGCAUGUAUUUUUUUAUCUUUUUUUUUUUUUUUUUUUUUUUUUUUUUUUUAUGUGAAAUGGAAAAGCUGGUCAAGGGCAACAAAAAUGAUUAAUAAUAAUGUUCACUGAGAUGCUAGUCCUCAAACAAGGUCAAGAGAGUUAGCCCCAAAAAAAUAGAUAUGUAUCUUGAAACUUCCCUCUUAAAUUAGUUCAAGUCAUAGGUGGAUGAAUAUACAGAAGCAGAUAGGGAGUUCUGAGUUUAUCUAAGAAAGAGAUUAAUAAUUUAGAGUAAUGGUUAAUUCUUGAGUUGAAAAGGUGGACAGAAUAGGUAUGAGAGGAAGAAGAAAACCUUGUGCAAUGAGGCUGCGGUAGGAGGAUAGGCAUGCAGUUAGCAAGAUAAGAAGAGCUGUUAGUAUGAAAAUAGUGGUGAAGAUAGCAAGGCAUACAACAUUGUAAUGGUGAAAAAAGAGGCUGAAGACAGUCAGUCAGAGGAGGAGAGUUGAUAAGAUGACUGUUCCCUUGUGUAGUGAGACACAAAAGGGAAAUGUUCAGUGAGGUUGCAGUUGGGCUAAUAAUAAGAUUACAGUGCCCCCUGAGUCAAGUGUUUCAGGCCUCACUGGGAGUAAUUAUUGUCUUGGCAGGUGUCUGCUGCCUUUUCUUGUUAUCAAAAUAUAGGUAACUGGGCCUUGUUUUAUGUAUUCAUUAUCUGCAGAAAUUUGUAUCAUUGGUAUGCUGGCCAAUUUACUCAAUUGUUGUGUACUAUUUACAUGUAUGUAUGUAUAUAUGUGUGAGAGAGUGAAGGAGUUAGCAUGUGUGUAUGUGUGUGCAGUAAACACUCAUUUCUCUCUAUUCAUUAUGAAUAGAACCAUUUCUUUGUGAAAUUUAUUGUUGCCCAAUUUCUUAUUAUGUUGUCUUCUCAUCAGCUAUUACCUGGCUGUAGACACAUGACAAUGGUGUCUGAGAUAGCUACCUCACAGACUGCAUCUCAAUUCUAGUACAGGGUUAUAUGCUUUGUAGUGCUUGUCUCUGUAUAACUUUCCUCAAGUAGAUGUUACUCUAAGACUGACUAAGGCAAUGAACUACCAUAAACUAUUGAAGAUACAUUUUAUUCAGGUGGUUGUAUUCUGGAUAGUUUAUUGAGCAAUAUACUUGUACUAUCAAUAUCACUAUUUGUGUUGGCAUGGUUUGGAUGAUCUUGAGCAUCCACAAUUAAUUACUGGAAGCAACUGAAGACAAUGCAGUCAUUGUCAUUUCUGUCCAUCCCAGCCUAUAUCCAAGUGCUCUUAUAAAGUGUUACUUGUAAAAGGACACCAAGGAUCAUAGGUGUCCUGUUAAGAUGUGUAAUGGUGCAGAGACAAUGGAGGACAAUUGUUUCAGUAGUUGUUAGGUUCAUAACAGUUUGUAAUAAACAGGUGAUUUAUUUCUGCUGGUGAUGUUAUGCCACUUACACAUGUGUCAGCCUUUUGCCCUCUUCCUUCCAUAGCAUGACAUCUUGCUUUCAAAUAACCUUGGAUGUCUAUGGACACUUUUACAUGUGAUGACCCUAGUCAUAGAUGGCAGAACCCAAGUCAUGAGUGCUGUGUUCUCCAUUUCUUCAUUUUCAAAGUGGCAUGAUGAAUUGCUAUGGAUGAUGUGAAAUGUGCAUUGCAUUCUAUGGACUUGUUCAGACAUGUUGAUGCUUUGCUUUCCAAACUCAGCUGCAAAUCCACUUUAAGGCCCACUCACACAAAUCAAUUCUAUAUUGGUUCCUUUUCUGCUCGGUGCUUUAGUGUCAGUGAAAACAUUUUUUUUUUAUGUUGAAUUUGGCUAAUGCAUUCACACAUGUCUGGCACAAUACUACCAUGGUUUGACUCUGUGUCAUUUGUCUCCAUUCCAUGAAAAAGAUAUCAUCACUACCAAUAUCCUUCAGUGUUUCAUGGACACUGGACAAGUGCUCUGAAUUUCUCCACACAAAUGCACAAUUUAUUGAACUGGUUUAGAAUUAUCCUGUUCUUCACGAUGUGUCGUAGCCAAAAUAUAUUGAUAGCAGUCUCUAACAACAUACAGUGGUACCUUGACUUUGGAGUAACUAAGUAAGGAUGGCACCUGGUCUUGUCGUGAAUUGGCCAUACACACAAUAGUAUAUGUUGCUCUGUGAAAUGCAAGGUGCUGUGCUGUGUAUGGCAUAUGGUAAAUAGUGAAUGCAUGUGAAAAUAACCAUAGGAUAUUUAUCAAUAAGCAGCUGCUUAGUAAUGGUAGUGUAUAUUUAUUAAUGAACAGUUACUCAGUCACAUAUGGUUUAGUGAAAUUUAGUCAUAGAAGUUAGCAGAAUCAUAAUUUUAAGUUGUAGAAGGAAUUAAUGUGAUUAAUAUUGUAGUUACUGCAACAUGUCUAUUGAAUGCAUGUAGAAUUCAUUAUAUUCAAGUGCUGCUUCUUCACUGAUCAAGGAAGGAGUGUGAACUUAUUUAGUUAUUAGCAUAAGAAGAUAAGGAAAAGAGAAAUUAAGGGGAGAUCUGUAGCAUAACAUGAUAAGUUAACACUAACGAUGAUCUAUUGGCUAAAAAGAAUAUAGCAAGUGAUUCUGAAUUUUUAGAUAAGCCCCUUCCAUUCUGCAGACCUGAGUUUGUUGCGGUAAUCAAUCUUUGUUUUUCUCACUGGUUGAGUGGCUGCUGCACACAUAUGCACGUGUCUAUGUGUCUGUGAUAGAGCCUUUAGUGUUGUGAAAUGAACGUAUAGUUGUGGUCUCUGUAUAAAUGUGUGCCAGUCAGUUUGGUGAUAAUAUGUAAUGUAAGGGAGUCAAAGUGCAUCUUAUCAAGUGGCCUGAUGCUGAAAAACCAUGUGCUUUAAAAAAAAUCUUUUAAUUUGAUUGAUCUGAAGAAUAACAUUGCAGUGACAAAUAGUGAGUAUUGGUUCUUAUCACAGAUAGUGAGUAAAAGUUUUGUAGUUAUGUAUAAUAAUAUAUUCCUAGUUUAGAAAAAUCAUUUAGGCUGUGACAAUCAAUGAAAAUCAAGGUGUAGUCCAGUUUCAGAGUCACUGCAAAUGGAGUCAGACCCUUGUGCUCAAAAGCCACAUAAACUAGGAGUUGGACUAUUUUUUGGGAGUUCUGCUUAAGUUGGGUCAGUUGUUCUUUGGUGAAACCUGGCAACUCAGGGAAUGCAUUACCAUAAAUGGUCA